UUCCUCUCUGUUUUACACUGCCUGUGUGUGUGUGUGUGUGUCCUCCCUCUGUGUGGAUAGUCUUUACAGGUUUUGCAUGAGUUUUUUUUUUUUGUUUUGCACUUUUUCCCCAGUGGUUGCGUGUGACACAGAGGUUGGAGGGCGGAUUUGUUGGUGUUGUUUUUGAUUCUGGAGACAGGGAACCUGGAGAACACACCCGUCAGAGAGGUAACGGACAGAGUUGAACCAUACGGAACCGUACAGAACUGUACAAGAAGUACAGCAGGAACAGUAGAACAGUAGAAGAGGUGUAAAGUCUGCAAAAGAGAAAGAUGGUUCGGUGGUUCCAUAGAGAUUUGUCAGGUAUAGACGCAGAGACAGUCCUAAAGACGAGGGGGGUGCAUGGCAGCUUUCUGGCGAGACCCAGCAAAAAGAACCAGGGAGAUUUCUCCCUUUCUGUCAGGGUUGGGGAAUCAGUGACUCAUAUUCGGAUCCAGAACACAGGGGACUUCUAUGACCUGUAUGGAGGGGAAAAGUUUGCCACGCUCUCCGAGCUGGUGGACUACUACACGGCCGACAACGGCAUUCUGCAGGACAAGGACGGCACCAUCAUCGAGCUCAAAUAUCCGCUGAACAGCUCCGACCCGACAUCCGAGAGGUGGUACCACGGUCACCUGUCGGGCCUCAACGCAGAGAAGCUCUUGAGGGAGAGGGACGAAUCUGGGACCUUUCUGGUGCGUGAGUCGCUGUCCAAACCUGGAGACUUCGUCCUGUCGGCACUUACAGACGAGCCAGCAAAAAGUGGAAGUGGGAAGAGGGUUUCUCACAUCAAGAUUAUGUGUCAGAAUGACCGGUACACAAUAGGUGGCACGGACAUGUUUGACUCUCUGACUGACCUGGUGGAACACUUCAAGAAGAAGGGCAUUGAGGAGGUGUCAGGAGCCUGGGUACACCUCAGACAGCCCUACUACUCCACCAGAGUGAACGCAGCCAACAUCGACAACAGAGUGAGGCUGCUGGAGGUGACGGCUGAAGGGGAGUCCCAGGAUGCUGGCGCAGACAAGAAGAUCAAAGCGGGAUUCUGGGAAGAGUUUGACGCCCUGCAGAAGCUGGAGGCCAAGGCCAAGAGGAGCCGUGAUGAGGGGAUGAGGCUGGAGAACAAGAGCAAGAACCGCUACAAGAACAUCCUCCCCUUCGAUGAGACCCGGGUGAUUUUACAAACAGGUGACCCCAACAUCGUGGGCUCGGAUUACAUCAACGCCAAUUAUGUACUGAACAAACUGCAUGAGCCUGGAGAUCAGAAGGCCUACAUCGCUUGCCAGGGGUGCCUGCUCACCACCGUCAACGACUUCUGGCAGAUGGUGUGGCAGGAGAACUCACGGGUCAUCGUCAUGACAACCAGGGAGGUUGAGAAGGGACGGAACAAGUGUGUUCCCUACUGGCCUGACAAUGGGACCAGCAAGGAGGCUGGGGCGUACCUAUUGACGUCCAUCUCAGAGAGAGACGCCACCGACUACAAGAUCCGCAUCAUAGAGAUUGCACCUCAGGACGGGUCGGAGCACGCGCGGACCAUCUGGCAGUACCAGUACCUGAGCUGGCCAGACCACGGGGUGCCCCAGGAGCCAGGAGGCGUGCUCAGCUUCCUCACACAGGUCAACGGCAAACAGAGCGACUUCCCCGACGCUGGACCAAUGAUCGUUCACUGCAGUGCUGGCAUCGGGCGCACUGGCACCAUCAUAGUAAUCGACAUAUUGAUUGAUAUCAUAGACACUAAAGGGCUGGAUUGUGACAUCGACAUCCAGAAGUGUAUCCAGAUGGUGCGUGAGCAGCGAUCAGGCAUGGUGCAGACUGAGGCCCAGUACAAGUUUAUCUACCUGGCUGUGAGCCACUACAUCGAGGCCACCAAGACCAAGAUGCAGGCCUGCCAGGAGACAGAAACGGAGUAUGGGAACCUAAAGCCCCAGCAGCACGCCAAGGCCAGCCGGAAGGUCUCCAAGAGUAAAGAAGAAGUUUAUGAGAACCUUGGGGCAAAGGGCAAGAAAGAUGUCAAGAAGCAGAAAUCCGAAGAAAAGAAGAGCGGAUCAGUGAGAAAAAGAUAAAUAAAAAAAACGAGAAAGACAAAAUGUACAAAAAUGUUCUAAUCAAUUGGACUGAUAAUGAUGAUGAUAAUAAUGAUGAUGACGACAACGACAGUGUCUAAAAAAAGUUUCCAAAGGUUUGAGGCAGAAAUCUGUCAUUACAUGAAUAUCCUGCCAAUAGCCAAGAGUGGGAAAGCGACUCCAGGUUGCAGGACAAUUGGGAUGUCCAAGCUGAAUGUCCGCCACAUCUGGGCAAGAGCUGUCUCAGCCCCUAUUAGUGUGGGAAAUUAUGGUACACACAAUUUCAUUGUGAAUUAAUUUAUAGAUAUUUCAAUAUUUUGUUUUGCUUUUCACCUUUUCAUGGCUUUUUGUAAAAGAAUAUACAUUGUGUGUGCUCAAUUGGCGAUGCAAUUGAUCAAUGAAAAAUCCUUGUAAUACUGAUUUAAAGCAGAAAAAUAAACAAAUGUUUCAUGUAA